CGCAAGGCAUAAUCUUUCCUCUUUUUUCUUUUCAGCUGCAAAGUCUCAUAGCUCCGACCCCUACGGACGUCAGCUCGAUAUGGCUUCGACUGAACCAGUCGCCCCAGCGACCGACGGCGGCGCAACACGAGAACACGCGCCCACGGGUCCCCGAGGUGACGGUCACAGAGGCAGAGGCAGAGGACGGGGAGCGCGAGGCCGCGGCAGGGGGAGGGGGCCCCGAGGAGGCGGCCAGCACCAGAUCAGCACACCGAAUGCGCCCGCCGAGCCCGCGGCCGAGGAGCCGAAGCCGCCACGGGCCAGCAAGCCGCCCAGCUUCAAGGUCAAGAACGACACGCAGGAUGAGGUUGCCGACGACGACGUCGAGGUGUGCUUCAUCUGCGCCAACCCUAUCAGCCAUUACUCGGUCUCCUCCUGCAACCACAUCACAUGCCACAUUUGCGCGCUGCGCUUGAGAGCCCUGUACAAGAACAAGGAGUGCCCUCAUUGCAGGACCUCGGCCCCGUAUGUCAUCUUCACCGACGACGGCACCAAGCGCUUCGAAGAAUACACCGACGCCGACAUCACCAGCACCGACGAUAACAUUGGGAUCAAGUAUGCCGGCGAGGAUAUCGUCGGUGACACGGUCCUGCUGCUCCGCUACAACUGCCCGGAUCCCAAAUGCGACUUUGCCGGCCUCGGCUGGCAGGACCUGCACCGCCAUGUUCGCAGCGUCCAUCAUAAGAAGAUGUGCGAUCUCUGCACCAGGAACAAGAAAGUGUUUACGCACGAGCACGACAUGUUUGGCGACAAGGAGUUGACCGAACACAUGCGCCACGGCGACGACAAGCCCGGCGCCGUCGACCAGACGGGGUUCAGGGGACAUCCGCUGUGCGGCUUCUGCGGCGCCCGCUUCUACGACAGCGACAAGCUGUACGAGCACUGCCGCAACAAACACGAGCGGUGCUUCAUCUGCGACCGCCGAGACUCGAGGCAGCCCCAUUACUACCUCGACUACAACUCGCUCGAGGAACAUUUCAAAAAGGACCACUUCUUGUGCCCGGACCGCGAGUGCCUCGAGAAGAAGUUUGUCGUGUUUGAGUCGGAAAUCGACCUCAAGGCCCACCAGCUCAGCGAACAUGGAGGCUCAUUAGCCAAGGGGAGGGAUGCCCGUACGGUGGACUUGUCCAACUUCGACCUGCGACAGAGGUACGAGCAGGAGAGGCGGGGCGGGGGUCCGAGGGAGCAGCGACGACGAGGCCCAGAUCCGAAUGCCGAUGCGCCUCUGCCGGUCAGCUCCGCUCAACCACUGAGGAGGGACGAGCUUGCCUUUCAACGGCAAAUGGCCCUGCAGACAGCAUCGAGCCGCACGGCACCCCCUGGCCCGUCUCGGCCUACACCCAGCAAUGCACUUCCCCCGCAAUCACGCGCCCCGCCAGGCCGGCCCAUAAUUGACGCCAUGGAAAACCUCAGCAUCACCGAUCUCUCCUCCCUCACCCCGGAGCAGCGCGCCAGCCUGACGCGGCACGGCGCCGUCAUCGAGCGCGCCUCCAACCUCCUGGGCAACGACGCCUCCAAGAUGGCCACCUUCCGCUCGCACAUCUCGACCUACAACAAAGGCUCCAUGACCCCGCAGCAGCUCAUCGACGCCUUCUUCGCCCUCUUUUCCGAAACCUCGUCCACCGCGCUCGGCACCCUCGUCCGCGAAGUCGCCGACUUGUUCGAGGACAAGAAGAAGGCCGAGGCCCUGCGCAGGGCCUGGGCCAACUGGCGGGCUAUCAACGAGGACUACCCGUCGCUUCCCGGGUUGGAGGGCAUGCACGGCGCGACCACGUCGACGACGGGCUGGGCCGCCGCCGCCGCCGCCUCGGGCCCGGGCAGCAAUUCCUCACAAGCGGCGGCCGCCGCACACGCUGCGGCACAGCUCCGCCACUCGACCCGCGUGCUCAAGCUCAAGAAUAGUACCCGCCGGGGCAGCGUCGGCGGGCAUUCGGUACUGUCAGUUGCGUCGGGCUCGUCAUCGUCGCUUACUAACACCCCGUCGGCGUCGGGUUCUGCGACUACUACCACGGCGGCGGCCGGCCCGUCUUCUCGACCUGCCGCGUCCGCUUCGGCGUUCCCUGCCCUGCCUUCCUCGCGAUCCUCCCCGGCUCCAUCGCAAUCCCUGACUCAACCAAGCUGGAUUGGCGGGAGAAGUGCAACCUCCACCUCCACUACCACCAAUACCAUAGACUCUACGAAGUCUUCUGGUGGUGGUGGUGGUGCACCAGGCGCGAGGAAGCCAGCUACUUUAUCAAGCGAGGACGCGUUCCCGGCCCUGCCGGCCGCGCCCAAAGUGCAGACGACCAUAUUCGGGUAUGGGGGCGGGCGACCCGUAAGGAGGGAUCUGGGUACCGGCCAUAGGGACACGGGGUUCAGUUGGGGUGGUGGUGGAGGCGGCAGCGGCGGUGGUUCUUCGUCGCAGGCUGGUGGGAGUGUUGCACAGGGCGGCCAGGGGCAAGAGGGAGCGGAUGGGCAGACGGGGAAGAAGAAGAGCAAGAAGCAGGUUUUGGUGCAUUGGGGGUAGCUGAAUAAAUUUCCUUAUUAACCCAAGAGAAGGGGAUUGAUUGGGUUCGCAGGGAAAUGGGAAGGGAUAGAGAAGGGUAGGGAUGAGCUCGAAAAAGAGUACGGUAGUAUCCGAGUCUUGGAAUAGGUGUACAGCGCGCGAUGCGGAUUGCGGAAGUGGUCUGUAGGAUGGCAGUUCGCAUACUGUGAUGCAGAGAGCAGCUGACUCGGUGUUGUAGGCAAGGAAGCGAAUAAGCCAUCGCAAGCUAAGUAGUAGCGGCAACACAAGCACUUACUUGUAUUCAUAGAACCAGGAACUCGCUCCCUUGCUCGGUCGAGGUCACAGAAAUACAUCCUCAUAUUCAG